CACAAACUAACCUAACUGUCACCCUGUUGAACUUUGACCCCGAGCCCAGAGGCAACACCGAGGAGGCGUUACCAUGUGUGGUCCGAGACUGUGAGAGCCCCUCCCCCCGGAAAUAUGAUAAGAGAGACGGUGUAACGAUGCAGACCCUCACCCCUCAUGUGCACUGGGCUCAGCGGCACGCAGAGCUUUAUCUCCGGGUGGAGCUGAGCGAUGCGAAGAAUCUGGAAAUCAGCCUGCAGGAGAACAACACUCUUCAGUUCAGAGCUCAGGGUCACGGAGCUAAAGGAGACAAUGAGUACGAGUUCAGUUUGGAGUUCCUUCAACCUGUUAGACCCGAGAUCAGCCAUAAGUCCACGCAGCGUCUGGUGGACAUAAAGAUCAGGAAGCAGGAGGAGCGCUGGUGGGACCGGCUCACGCUGCAAGAGAGGAAGCCUCUGUUUCUGGCUCCAGACUUCGACCGCUGGCUGGACGAGUCUGACGCAGAGAUGGAGCUUCAGGCUAAGGAGGAGGAGAAGAUCAACAGGAUCAGUGUGGAGUCCAGAGUCCGUAAAGACCCCUACCUCGGGUUAAAGAAAGGAUACUUGUUCAUGUACAACCUGGUGCAGUUCUUGGGAUUUUCCUGGAUCUUUGUCAACAUGACUGUUCGACUUUUCAUUCUUGGACAAGACUCCUUCUAUGAUACCUUCCACACCACGGCUGAUAUGAUGUAUUUCUGUCAGAUGAUGGCCGUGCUCGAGGUCAUCAAUCCCUUACUGGGUCUGGUCAAGACGGGAUUUUUCCCUUCUAUGAUACAGGUAGCAGGGAGGAACGUCAUUCUGUUCGUAAUCUUUGGCAGUCUGGAGGACAUGCAGAACAAACCUGUGGUCUUCUUUGUGUUCUACCUGUGGAGCACCAUCGAGAUCUUCAGAUACCCGUUCUACAUGCUGGCCUGUAUGGGCACGGACUGGAAGCUGUUGACGUGGCUCAGAUACAGCCUCUGGAUCCCGCUGUACCCGCUCGGGGUUCUGGCUGAAGCGGUGGCAGUGAUCCAGUCUCUGCCAAUCUUCGAUGAGACUCGUCUGUUCAGCUUCCCUCUCCCCGCCAUGCUGGGUAGCUCCUUAAGCUUCUCAUACACCCUGCAGCUCUACCUGAUCCUCAUGUUCCUGGGACUCUUCAUCAACUUCAGACACCUGUACAAGCAGCGCAGGAGACGAUACCGCUCGAGGAAAAGGAAAGUCCAAUAACUCCUCUCCACCUUUCCUGUUUCACUCCAUCUGAACUGACGACCAGGAACAGAUCAAACAGCAGCUUUAUUUCCUCUUAUUGCCUUUCCUCAUCUUCCCCCACACACACACACACACACACACACACACACACACACACACACACACACACACACACACACACACACACACACACACACACACACACACACACACACACAUCAUGUAGGAGUUCUGGUCCUCUGUUAACACUCUUCUGGGUGAACUGGUAACAUCUUAUCAGCUGAAAUCAGCACUCUGGUGGAUCCAGAGCGUCACAACGUUCAGUCUGAGUUUCCAUCUUGUUUAAUCAUGAGCUCCGUCGGUUUUAUCUGGUUUCUAAAAGAGAAAUUUCAAUUUUCAGAGCGAUGAGGGAACAAUUAGUGUCAGAGUUGGGAAAAAAGAAAUGUUUCAUGCACACACUCAACACAAACGAUCUGUAACUGCAUUCACUUUGUAUUUACCCUGCUUUAAAAAUGAACGUCCUCAUAGGUUAACAAACACUAUCUCUACCUUUAAAAACAGCUCUUUAAAGCAUGUCUUAAAGGUGCUCUGUGUUUGUUUUAUUACUUUAUUUACAAAUCACAGAUCGACUCAAUAUUGAUUUAUCUUUCUCUCAGUUGAUGUUGAACUUUUGGAUCCUCUGGAAACAGUGAAUGAGUUUGUACGUACACACUGUGUUUCACUCCUGAUAGCCUCCAAUUGAAUUAUGAGACACCCAAAGAUUCCCAACCUUACUGAUAAUAAAUGUUGUUAGAGGGUUUUUUUGUUUUUACAUCGUUUUAGACUUGGCGUGCUCAUGACAGCAGUAACAGUGCGUUUUUUAAAAGGGAGGAAGACAACUCCAGUUUUAACAUAAACCGGCCUACAUGAGGCCGAGGCCUAACAUGAUGAACACAUGAUGCAUCUUUGAUUAUAAUCAGUCAUUAAUAAUGGAUUGUUCAGUCAUGAGAAAAUUUGAAGAAUGAGAAACUUUCCCUCUGAAUAUUUGAAUCCGUUUUAUUGCAAACAUUUUAGAGUUUUUAAAAAGUAGAUGCAUGACUUAUAUCCGAAACAAAGUAUUUAACUCUGCAGUAUUGAGAUAGAGCUUUAUCCACCACUUGUCCCUGAAUUUGUUUAAUUAGAAAAUGUGCUAAUACCUUUGAAGAAGUUUUCUUAUGAUAGAAUUUGCUGUUUUAAAAUGAUAUGUCACAUUUGAUUCCUCUCCUAUAUGUUGCUGUUAAUAACAUUCAGGCUGCAGCUGUUAAAUCAAAUGUGUUUCUCACUGCAGUUUAACAGCUGUGACAGAUAUUGUGUUUUUACUUUUAGAUCUUUAUUCGAUUGUUUUGUUGCAUUUUGAUCCCAGAUCCUCCUGAUACGAUGAAAAAUAAUGUUUUAAACUCUCCGUCCAAACUUUUGCUGAAGUGAAAAGGAUCGUCAGGUUUCCCGAUGAGUCGAUAACUUUGCUCUUAUUUAUGACUUAUUUUUCCAAACCGUUCACCUCUCAGCCUUUUCUCUGUUUUGAUUUUUAUUUAUUACUGAAGAUGUCGCCUGUCGUACGUUUUCUGAACAACUUCUCUGGUGUGAACUCAAAGCUUCUUUAGACCAUUUGUUGCAUUUUAAAGUCUUUUGACAAACGUUUGAAUUUAUGUUGCGAUUCUGUUUUACUGACUAAAUAAACAUUAAAGUUUUUAAUCUGAA